AUGUUUUCCUCAGAAUUCGGUGAUCUUUUCAACGGUACAAUAGAUGGUGGGAGUCAGUUGUCAUCAUCAGAUUUAUCGAUGACUUCCAGUCUCACUUUGCUGCGUAACGUUUCCGCAGCUCCGCCGUCCGGUUCCUUAGCACCAGUAACAACAACAACGGCAAUUAUUAAUCCUGAGCGAGCAUCUCCUUCCGGUGGUUGUACCGGCGCAGCACAACUUCCUUCCGCCGCAGAUCCACACACUCUAGAGCAUUUGUUUCGACCAGACUUGCACCACCUCCGUCCCGAUAGUCAAAGUGCGCUUACCUCUACUUUGGCGAUCCCCGACUCAAGUCCUUAUCCGGAUGUAUCCAAAAGACACACAACUAUGAAGAAAGAGCAACGGCCCGUCACUGAGCAUGCGUCUUUGUCAUCUUCGGCAGCGGGGAAGUUGAAUUCAACGAACGCGGCCGUUGCGUUUCCUGCACAAACCUCUCAUGCACGUGGCACACUUCGCUGUCCGUUUUGCGAUAAGGCUACGAAUGGUGAUCCCAGCGCCAUAACGGUGGCCGCGGUCGCUCUUCUCUCCUCGUCUGGCUUGGUCGAUAAAGAAGAACCGGGAAGUGCACGGGAAUUGAACGUUACCACCAACAGCAGCAACAUUGGUGAGAAUGCCCAUAACGGUAGUGCUGCGGGGGGUCAGACCUCGGAUGCACUUCCUCCUGAUCCGAGUGCGUUACUCAGUGCACUGAGCAGUCCCGUUUGCAAGCUGCUGGCGUCCAGUUUGAGUCGUGCUGCGGCGCAGAACAAAACAGAUGACUCUCCUGCGUCCAGUAUCACUAUCGAUGGACAAGCUACUGGAAAUGAUCCAUCAUCCGUCUUACGCCGUCCAGAACAUCGUGGGCAUCGUGGACUGUUCCCCCGUUCGGACGUUGUAGGAGCAGCCUCCCCGCAUUCACCCAAUUCCGGUUGCUGUUCUCUAUCCAGUGUCGCCUCGCCCACUGAAACAAUGGACACGGCAGACUUUGAUGAAGCAGAUGACCGCAACAGGUCGGGUAGUGGAACAUCUCUGGUCUCGUCACUGUCUUCCCUAACCCCAGCGGAAGUGGCGACGGCUACCAAAGUGGCUCUGAUGAUGGUGCACCCAUUGGAAGCUCCGAAACGAGUCGCUUGUAAGGUUUGUCGCAAACGGUUUAAAAAUCAAUCGGCUCUUAAUGGACACAUGCGAUUGCAUGGAGGCUAUGGACCUGCAGGACUGGCUGCACCCCACACCGGAACUGUACGCAGUUCCGAGGAUCGUGCCGUCCCACCAGGAUCUACCACCGUUCAAAUAGACUCCUCAAACUCCCAGUUACGACCACCUGAGUCGCAGUCCUCCUCUUCUGGUCCAACAUCAACCUCAAGCUACUCUCCGCCUCUGCCUGCCGUUACAACCGCUCGACUUGGUCCGCAUGACGUGGCUCGGUUAGAUGAAGUCCUAGAAACACUUUCGACUGCUUGUUCCAAACAAUCUGUGGCCCCACACUCAGCAGUUCAUCUAGAUGAGGAUCGCGUCGGCUCAUCGUCGUGUACCGAUACUUGGAUUCUGGCUCAUCAUCAUCAACAACAACAACAACAGUGUCAAGUCAGUUCAAAUAACAUCAACAACCAGUGUCAAGUCAGUUCAAAUAAAUGCAGCCAGCAAGCAGAGUCUGAAAAACUGCUCUUACUUUCUCCAGCUUAUCCAAGCCCACCAUGCUACCCUGGAAUUCGAAGUGAAACACGUCCACCAGCUGAACGGAGUUCUUGGCACAGUGGCCAGGCGUCUUGGUGGCAAAAUAACACCUCGGCGACUGGCGAAGGCAGCGCGUCCGCCGUCCAACCAAACAACAUUGUACCGACUGCGUGCCAUCCACCAUGGUGGAAUUGUCCAACUCCCAGUGGGGUUUCUGAACGUCUUCACAGUCGUGUGUCGGAAGAUCAGCAGUUGGCACCUAGUAGUAAUUCACGACGACCGACUAGCUCAAGCACUUCCGAGCGCAUUGGUAGUUCUAGGCCGCCAGUCCGGUCAGACCAUAAGUCUGAACGUGCCGGUUUGUUAGUGACUUCCAAUAGAAAUUGUUCUGAAGAUGAAUGGCGACAGCGAAUUUCCGAGGCAACCGGUCUGACAGAUGGCUACGAAAAUGUGGUGAACCGCAGAGAUUCAGAUCCACAAAUACAAGUGGAUGGGUGUACAACACAGCUCCAGCAACCGUUCCGUCCAGUGCCACUCCAUCAUCCUAACAGUUCAGUCUUCAACAAGUGCAACGUCGUCCCUAGAUCACUAUCUAACGCACCGCCCACUCUUGGUACUGCUGACGGUUCCAUAUGGUCAUCACGUGAUCUGCCACGCCCUCAGCUAACCUUGCCUACCAUUAACUCCUCCUCCUCAUGUGGUCAACAGACAAAUCCGGGUUUGGAUAACCAGUAUUCUCCUGUCACACCAGCUUCCGGUGGCACUUCGCUCCCCAUGGACUCCGGUGAACAUCCUAACACCGCGUUUGCUUUCCCUCCUAGUGAGCAGCACAUCCGAUCCUUGUCAACUGGUCUCCCAUCCCACUCCCGGAGCAUGGCACAGCAGUCCUUGUAUCCAUCGGACCAUUCGUUUAUUGGAAACAACCUCAAUAGUUCACAACUUGUGACGACGUUGGAUGCUGAGUCUGUUUCGUCGGGUCUCGCCCCACAACAACUGAAAGUUAGUAAUGAGGAUAUUUCACUGGACGCCCCCCAACCACCACCCAUUUCACAUGUGAAUCACCAGCAGCCAGCUCUACGUCACAGUGUGUCAAUUCCGCAACUGGGUCAUCUGGAAUUCCCCUGGCCCACCGCUUCGUUUUCGAAAUCUGAGUCUGGAUGUGCCGUGUCAACUCACACAAGUUUCGGUCGACAUCAGCAGCUGACCGUAGGCGCUACCACUGCGGCGUUUCAACCGCACUUCAAUUUGACGUGUUCUGUGAUGGAUUCGAUCUGCUGCAAUCCAUCAAGUACUCCUCGGUUGGGUUCUCCUAUGCUUUCGGUCAGUGGAGGCAAUGUGAGACCUAAGCCCCAUUCGGUCUCGUCCUGGGCACACCAUAGACAGAGUUGCCUUGAUAGUAAUCGAAACUGUCACAGCCAACUACGAUCGGAACAGCCGCUACUUGCAACACAUGUCGCUGCGCCGUUCCGUUCACACCCAAAUGCCCAUUCCUACAUCGGUUCUUCUGAUGGUGGUGCGUUUGGACCACGGAGACCGUCUUUACAACAUGAACAGCCAACGUCCCAUUUUACCCCACACACAAAGACGCAAGUCCCCACGCUUCAUUCUUCUCAGUCAUAUCCGGCUUUGGAAGAACGGCAUUCACUUCCGAUGGAUUAUACUUAUCAGCCAAAGCCACAUGCACAUCGCAAUCGAGCAUGUAACUACUCUGACACAAGUGAAGAUCCGGUAGGCUUCCCAGCACCUCGUUCCGGUCACCACCUGUUCCCACACAACCCUUACGAUGCUCUGACGACGCAGCAGUCCAUCAGUUCGAUGGAACCGGAGCGCACUCGUCACAUCUCUGCUCCUAUGGUACAACCGUAUGUGGGGUACUCUCAAUCACACAAUCAUAGCUCACAUGUCACAUUGGUUUCAAGCUCCUCAAGUGUAUUGCCCUUGCCGACCUUGGACGGGCAUCUGCAACAGACUCCAAGAGAAUCCACUAUGACGAGUUUUAUGUUGAGUGAACAGGACUCGAUCCGAAUGCGGGUUUCACCGGAUUUGGCUGCAAGCGAUGCGGUAGCCGAUCUGCUCAUGCAAAGUCAUAUCACAGAUCCGCAGAACUUUUCCUGCACGCCAAACCAACUCAAUAAAUCGGACAGCACGUCUCUGCACGACCCACUUCAUAUUGAUGCAGAUUACGCGAACCAGGUAGCCAAUGCGUGUUUUUCAACACCAACCCUCAACUCUAUCAGUGAUCCACUGAGGAUUAGUGCCGACCAGGUGAGGAGCAACGCGACAACCACCACCACACCGAAUUCAGUCAUCCAGGAGGAAGCCGUGGGCUGUGUUCCUCUGACUGGUCCGGAGCGCUUCGAGCUGGCAGACUUGGCUAUGGGGACAGGCAGCGCAGACGAAUCGGACAACUCCGCUGUUACUCGCUUAUCUAAAUCCCUGGCGGAAGAUAACUUGUUCCGGAACCCACACACCUUACCCCCUCCGAAGAAGUUCAAACGCAAGCCCGCCCCAAUUUUCAUCCCACCACAGACCAGUGCGAAUCUGUCCCGAUUGCGAUCGCCGCGUGUGUGGACCUCGGAGUGUUCGUCCAUGGGUUCUAGUCCGCCGCCGUAUACACCACCUCCAAUGCUCAGUCCGAACCGGCGUGGAUCCGGUCUAUUCUCUUCGCUUACGCGAUGGUCAUCUAUAACAAGCCCUCUUUCGCUGAAUCGCCGCAAUUCAAGUUACUACCCCACUUCAGCUACAGCUGACUACUUCCGACGACGGUCUCUGAUGAUCCCCUCAUUCGCCCAUGGUGGAACACCCACAGGCGAAUCGGAAGGUGCACUCAAGCGCAGCUAUCUCAGUAGUAUCACAGGUUCUAGUUCGUCGCAGACCAUCACCUGUUCGGCCGAACCUAAGAACAAUACCGAGGGUCGUCGAACCUUUGCUUUCCCUCGGCGAAGGCGUCAGUUGACUCCGAAAUCGGCCCCAAUGGUACUGCUAGACACGUCGUACAGUGAGAAGCUUGAUUUGAAUACCGGUUCGUCAUUGGCUCACCAACCACCCGCCCAGCAGGAUACCAGUACGGUAUUCGGCUACGAUGACGAAACGAUGCGCAAAUUCGCGGAAGCCGAUGCAGCUGAAAGGGCACGACGUCUUGGACGCCGCCGUUGCGAUACAGAUAGCCAUCGCCCCACAGAUAGUACCGGUAAAACCGCUCUGGAUACUUCUAGACAAGACGGAAUUCCCGUAAAGUUGUCGAAAUUAGAACAGGGAUGUGAUACCCUGAUGAAUUACAAAUCCGAAGAUGCUUUGGAGUUGGUCGAGGAUACACUGGCCGGAUUGGACGAGGAGAUGCACACAACCGAACUUUAUAUUGAAGAGGAUGAUGACCUUGACGAAGAAGAGGAAGAUGAAGGCUUACCCAGCAGCCUUAUUCCGUAA